UUGGGAGCUACGCCCCAAGAAGAAGUGGGAGGCUUGCCCCUGAAAGGGUUCAUCGUAGGGAGGGAUGAGAGUGUGUGCAGUCGCGGAGUGUGUGGUGUCAGACUGUGUGUGAGUGUGUGUGUGUGUGUGUGUGUGUGAGGGACCCCCCCCCCCCCCUCCUCCAUUGUCCUCCUCCUCUUCCUUAACUAGCUGGUCAGCAGUAGAGGGAUUAGGAAAGCCAGCCCUGCUCACUCACUACUAACAGACGGGGGAUUGCAAUAAGCGUGAAUCAUGCCCGUCGUCAUUACUACCGACUGGGAGUGGAGCCGAAAUUGUGCAAGAUACGGAUAACAACGAAGGAAAGGUCCGUGUGGAUCCAGUCAAGUUUCCAGGUCUCGUCUUUCUGCCGUGAAAAUGCCUCACCGGGGGCUCUGCUGCUGCUGCUGCUGCCGCCGCUGCCGCUGCUGCUCGGACUCGUCGCAUUCUGCUUCCCCCCCUCACAUGUGCUUUACGUUGAAGAAGUGACCAGGAUAAAAUCUGUUAAGGGAGCCCGGGAGAGCGACUCAGCAAAAAAAAAAAAAAAAAAAAAAAAAAAACUAAAAGGGUGUGCGGAUAUUUUCCUUUUUCGCCGCUGAGGAGAUUUACUCGAGUGGACGUGGGGUAAACAAAAAAAAAGUUGUUGUACUUGUUGGUCAAAGAAGAAAACAUGGGGAACGCAGGGAGCAUGGACCACCACACUGAUUUCAGAGGACACAACAUGCCUCUGAAACUGCCCAUGCCAGAACCAGGUGAACUGGAGGAAAGAUUUGCAAUCGUUUUGAACUCGAUGAAUCUUCCUCCAGACAAGGCGCGACUGUUGCGGCAAUACGACAACGAGAAGAAGUGGGAGCUCAUCUGCGAUCAGGAGCGAUUCCAAGUGAAAAACCCGCCUCACACGUACCUCCAAAAGCUGAGGAGUUAUCUAGACCCAGCAGUCACAAGAAAGAAAUUCAGACGGAGGGUUCAGGAGUCCACCCAAGUCCUGAGAGAACUGGAAAUUUCGUUACGGACCAAUCAUAUAGGGUGGGUGAGAGAAUUCCUAAAUGAAGAGAACAAAGGCCUGGACGUGCUGGUGGAGUAUCUUUCUUUUGCACAGUAUGCUGUCACGUUUGAUGGCGACAGUGUGGAAAAUAACCCGGAGGCUGCGAUGGAUAAGUCUAAGCCCUGGAGCCGCUCUAUUGAGGACCUGCAUGCAGGAAGCACCCUGCCAUCUCCCAUCACUGGGAAUGGCAUCACACGUACUGGGCGUCAUUCCACGUUACGUUGUAACACGCUGCCCAGCCGGCGAACGCUGAAAAACUCCAGACUGGUCUGUAAGAAAGACGACGUCCAUGUCUGCAUCAUGUGCCUGCGAGCCAUCAUGAACUACCAGUAUGGCUUCAACAUGGUCAUGUCACACCCACAUGCUGUGAAUGAAAUUGCACUAAGUCUCAACAAUAAAAACCCCAGAACUAAAGCUCUGGUCUUGGAGCUCCUGGCGGCAGUUUGUCUCGUGAGAGGAGGCCACGAAAUUAUUCUCUCUGCGUUCGACAACUUUAAGGAGGUGUGUAUAGAGACACAGAGGUUUGAGAAGCUAAUGGAGUAUUUCAAGAAUGAGGACAACAACAUUGACUUCAUGGUGGCGUGUAUGCAGUUCAUCAACAUUGUUGUGCACUCGGUGGAGGACAUGAACUUCAGAGUUCAUCUACAGUACGACUUCACCAAGCUGUGUCUGGACGACUACUUAGAUAAACUAAAGCACACAGAGAGUGACAAGUUGCAGGUUCAGAUCCAGGCGUACUUGGAUAAUGUCUUUGAUGUGGGAGCCCUCCUGGAGGAUGCGGAGACCAAAAACGCUGCCCUGGAGCGGGUGGAGGAGCUGGAGGAGAACAUGUCACAUAUGACAGAGAAGCUGCAGGACAUGGAGAACGAGGCCAUGUCCAAGAUCGUGGAGCUGGAGAAGCAGCUGAUGCAAAGGAACAAGGAGCUUGACUCCAUCAGGGAAGUCUACAAAGACACCAGCUCGCAGGUACACUCACUGCGGCAGAUGUUGAAGGAGAAGGAUGAGGCCAUCCAGCGACAGAGCAACCUGGAGAAGAAGAUUCACGAGCUGGAGAAGCAGGGCACCAUCAAGAUCCACAAGAAGGGAGACGGUGACAUCUCCAUCCUGCCCUCGCCGCCCUCUGGCGUGGAGGGUUUGCCGGGUGCCAUGAUUGGGGGAACCGGUGGGGCUGUUAGUCCAAACCACGUGGGAGUUGUAGCAGGCACGCCCGCUCCACCUCCGCCACCUCCUCCACCACCUCCGCUGCCAGUGAACGGCACAUUGCCAAACGGGCCAUCAUUAUCCAUUCCGCCAGCAGCCCCUCCCCCGCCUCCCCCACCGCCUCCUCCUCCACCUCCCCCUCCACCUCCAGGACCGGCCUCAGAAAUCUCUGCCCCUCUGCCUCCUCCGCCUCCUCCUAUGGCCCCCCCGCUGCCUGGCUGUGGGACGCCCACUGUCAUCAUGAACUCUGGCUUAGCAGCUGUUAAGAUCAAGAAACCGAUCAAGACAAAGUUCCGUAUGCCCGUCUUCAACUGGGUAGCCCUCAAACCAAACCAGAUCAACGGGACUGUCUUCAAUGAGAUCGAUGACGAGAGGAUACUCGAGGACCUCAACGUGGAUGAGUUCGAGGAGAUGUUUAAGACGAAAGCCCAGGGUCCGUCGAUUGACCUUACCACGAGCAAGCAGAAGGUCAUCCAGAAGGGGCCCAACAAGGUGACUCUGCUGGAUUCCAACAGGGCAAAGAACCUGGCCAUCACACUGAGGAAAGUGGGCAAGACACCCGAGGAGAUCUGCAAGGCCAUUCAGAUCUUCGACCUACGGACUCUGCCAGUGGACUUUGUGGAGUGUCUGAUGCGCUUCCAGCCCACAGAGAACGAGAUCAAAAUCCUGCGGCAGUUCGAAAAGGAGCGCAAGCCGCUGGAAAGCCUGACGGACGAGGACCGCUUCAUGAUGCAGUUCAGUAAGAUCGAACGGCUCAUGCAGAAGAUGACCAUCAUGGCCUUCAUCGGCAACUUCUGUGAGAGCAUUCAGAUGCUCACGCCGCAACUUCAUGCAGUCAUUGCAGCAUCAGUGUCCAUCAAGUCAUCACAGAAACUAAAGAAAAUUCUAGAGAUUAUCUUGGCACUUGGAAACUACAUGAACAGCAGCAAAAGAGGAGCGGUGUACGGAUUCAAGCUGCAAAGUUUAGACUUGCUACUUGAUACCAAGUCGACAGACCGCAAGAUAACAUUGUUACACUACAUAGCCAAUGUAGUGAAGGAGAAAUACUCGCAAGUUGCUCUCUUCUACAAUGAGCUGCACUACGUGGAGAAAGCUGCAGCAGUCUCGUUGGAGAACGUCCUGCUCACUGUUAAGGAGCUGCAGAGAGGCAUGGAGCUGACCAAACGAGAGUACAGCAUGCACGGCCACAACACCAUGCUCAAAGACUUCAUUGCACACAACGAAAGCAAGCUGAAAAAGCUGCAGGAUGAUGCCAAGAUUGCACAGGACGCCUUUGACGAGGCGGUGAAGUUCUUCGGGGAGAACUCCAAAACCACACCGCCGUCCGUCUUCUUCCCUGUGUUCGUGCGAUUCGUUAAGGCUUACAGGCAAGCAGAAGAGGACAACGAGCAAAGAAAGAGACAGGAGCAGAUUAUGAUGGAGAAACUGCUAGAACAAGAGGCCAUGAUGGAGGAAGACCAGAAGUCUCCGUCGCAUAAGAACAAGCGGCAGCAGCAAGAGCUGAUCCAGGAGCUCAGGAGAAAACAGGUGAAAGACAGCCGUCAUGUCUACGAAGGCAAAGAUGGCGCAAUUGAGGACAUCAUCACAGUGCUGAAGACAGUGCCCUUUACCGCCCGCACAGCCAAGCGCGGCUCACGGUUCUUCUGCGAGCCCGCCCUCAAUGAGGAGUACCAUUACUAAGCUUAUAGAACUCUCUCUCUUCUCAAAGAUUUGAGGAAUCAGCCUUACAGGCGAGCAGACGCUGUGCGGAGGAGUGUCAGGAGACGCUUUGAUGAUCAGAACCUGCGGCCGGAUGAACAACGGCGAAGUGGUCAUGUGACGAGGGAGCGGUGCAUGUGCGGGGAAUGGGGAGUCGGAAAGGUGGUGAGGAUGUGAAACGUAAA